UCAAAGGUCACAAAAGCGAAACUAGAAAAAUGUAACAUGAACCUCUCUUUACAGACGAAAGGUAGACAUGGUUAUUCUGUCGAGUUUUCACCGUUCUUUGCAACAAAACUAGCGUGUGCUACAUCACAAUAUUAUGGAAUAGCAGGAUCAGGAACACUAUACAUUCUUGAGGCUGGACCCGGUGGAUUGGUACCACAAACCGUAUUUGAAUGGAAUGAUGGUCUAUUUGAUGUUACAUGGGCAGAAAACAAUGAAAAUGUUUUAGUUACUGGAGCAGGAGAUGGCAGUGUUGUUGUGUGGGACAUACAGCAGAGAAGGGGUCCCAUAAAAGCAUUCAAAGAACAUGUAAAGGAGGUGAAUUCAGUUCACUGGAGCCAGACCAGACAAGAACAUUAUUUCCUCAGUGGAUCAUGGGACAAAAGUAUUAAAUUAUGGGAAAUUUCACGGGGGAACUCUCUCACCACGUUAAAUGGGCAUGAAGCCAUUGUAUACAGCGUCCGUUGGUCUCCCAGUAUCCCAGGUUGCUUCGCAUCAGCUUCAGGGGACCACACAGUGAGAAUAUGGGAUAUAAGGAGACCAGAAAUGUCACAGACUGUAAUACCUGCACACAACUCAGAAAUCCUCACCUGUGAUUGGUCAAAAUAUGACCAGAACCUGCUGUUUAGUGGGGGAGUGGAUGGUGCUAUCAGAGGAUGGGACGUUAGGAACCCCCAGUCCCCCAUCUGUGACAUGAGGGGUCACUCUCUGGCUGUCAGGAGAAUCAAGGCUUCAGCCUUUCAACGGAACAUUCUAGCUUCUGUGUCGUAUGAUUUCACUACAAGGUUAUGGGACUUUACAAUAAAUAUGGCAGUAGAAACAUUGGAGCACCACACAGAGUUUGUGUAUGGACUGGAUUUUAAUCUAUUUAAACCUGGAGAAAUGGCUGACUGCUCUUGGGAUGGGAUUUUAAGAGUGUUCACGCCUAAAACUCUGUCUAAUCCAGGAAUGUCCCUACAACACUAAAUCUUGGCUUCUUUUUGUGAAAAAGAAGGUUAUUCCAGUUUCUCAGUGGAGAAAUCUCCUCAGGAGUUCCUUAGAGGAAAGCUUAUAUGUAUAUUAGUCAGUGCAUACCUAUAAUUUUACUGUUAUAUAUAAAAUACAUGGUUACUGUCUUGAAAUAUAAGCGAUAUUUGGGCGAGGGUAAGAAAAUGUGAUAGAGGGCGAGGCUUGCCGAGCCCUCUAUCACGUUUUCGACCCGAGCCCAAAUAUCGCUUAUAUUUCAAGACAGUCUCCAUGUAUUUUGUUUAUCCUGCAACACAUUUUUACAGGACCUCCAAAACGAGCUGUUUUCAACUGAUUUAGGUACAUCUCUGCAGUUGAAACUAAGAUGCCAUGGCGUAAACAUUGCAAUAUUCAUGACGUCACAGUGCUUUUAGAACGUUGGAAUACGUGCACGAGGCUUUAUUAGGGCAUUGACCGAAUAAAGCUUUAAUUGGUUUAUUAGGUUACCUUUAUUAGGUCAAUACAAGGGGUAGUUGCAGGAUAAAUAUUAGUAUAAGCUAUUUAUUUUAUCAUGUAGCAAGUAUUUGAGUUGUUAUUUGAAAAUGAAAAAUCAUUCCAUUUGUUUAAUCAAACAGAAUGUGUGCUAUUACAUGUAAUUACAUUUUUUAAUGUUUUACCAAUCUGAAUAAUAUAUAUAUCAUAUUUCCAGCAGUUCAUUAGUUACAAUUUGCCACUGGUAUGAUCGUAAUUAAUCACUGAUCAUAAUUAGGCCAACUAUAUUGGAUUGUUGGAUAAAUUUGCUGUCAAGGAACACUCAUUCAUGAAAAAUGUGUCAAAUGAAAAUGGUUAUUUUUACAUGUAAAUAUAUAUGUCAUUGAAAAUUUUAGUACACCUACCAUUGUGAGUGUUUGAGUUUAGCAAUUAUAAAUUUUGUCUUUCAUGUAUAUUAUAUAAAUGACGUUUUAACUUAUAAAUCUUUCAAAGGUUCUUGAAUUUUAUCAAGAUUGCAAAUAUAGCAAAACAAAUUAAACACAAUGAGUAAUUUUCCCCUUGUACAGGAUGUACAAUUGUUAUGUUCUGCUAAAUCAAUGAAAUCUAUUAAUAAAACAUGUACAAAAUA